AUGUCAGACGGUCUCAUUGUUUUCGGAGAGUCGAAUCCGCAUCAAGCCGAUUCAUUGCCUGAGAAGGGAGUAAGGAUGUGUUCGCUUCCUACAGCAUCUCAACCUGGUGGACCUUCAGCGACUGAAGGUCCAGACCGGAUCCUACCGUUUCUCUACUUGGGUUCCCAGAUCGAUGCACAGGACUGCCAAUCACUUCGGAGUCGAAAUAUCGCCUAUGUCCUCAAUGUGUCGGCAACAUGUCCGAAAGCAAAGUCUAUCUCGGAAACUCGGUUCAUGCGAGUCCCGGUGGAGGACAGCCACACCGAAGAUCUCGUGCAAUACUUCGAUAGAACAUUCACUUUCUUGGACAAAGUUCGGGAGUCCAGCGGAUGCGUUCUAGUCCACUGCUCGGCCGGAAUCUCCCGCUCCCCGACAGUCGCGAUAGCCUAUAUUAUGAGGCACCUCAGAUUGUCUUCUAACGACGCGUACAGGUAUGUGAAGUCCAAGAGAUCGAGGAUAUCCCCGAAUUUCAACUUUCUCGGACAGCUGCUCAAAUACGAGAAGAUGCUACAGAGCGUGAAAAUUCUGGGAAACACGCCCGAUAUCUACUCUUCAGAGCCUGCGUUACCCUCGUUGCCCUGCUGGAUGUCAGGCUUCAUUAGCAGGACGAGGAACAUUCCAUUCGUGAGUCAGAAGAAACGGCGACUCCUGAAGCCAACGGUAACGCCGGAUCAAUUCACCCUCAGCCUUGAGCUGCCGAAGAGGUCUCUCGGAGUUUCAGAGACCACUAAAGUCGGAAAUCUAGCGGGCGGAGUGAUGUCAGCAACGACGGAUUUCGCCGGAGGCCGAGAGAGCUCGUCGGCGACCGAAGCGAAGCGUCCUUUCACCGGCGGUCGAUCCUUGAGCUUAGAUUUCAAAUGGCUCGCUCUUGACCAAGAUGAGAAUUCGGCGCCGCCCGGAUCGGCAGAUUCAGCCUCAGAUCGACCCAACAUGGGUGCCUCAGAAGGGAGUUCCUCAACGUCUCCGUUAGUUAAACGCAAGGACUGGAAAAAGCUCAGUAGAGAAUCCUUGACACUCCACCUCGAGGCCGAGGACACCUCUUGGCCAUCGUGGGGAAUGAGUACCUGA